AUUUGUUCGUGUAUUGAUGAAAUGAGGAUAUAGCUUAAAGCGACCGUAUCCAGAUAGCGCGAAUUAGGUCGGUAACGGUGGCGAAACGCUCACGUUAGGUCAUCUGAGUUUUGAUCUCUCCGUUAACAUUUACAGCACAGAGAUAGAUAAAAUGGAGAACAGCCUGUCCAGACUUCUUGUUGGACUAUCUGUACAGAUCAGUCGAAGUGAUGGUCGAGUGCAUCUGGCUACUGUGAAGUCCGUCGAUGCCGUCAAGUCCACGGCUAUGGUGGAGUGGCAUGAGAGGAACAUCUGCCGGGGAAAGGAGGUUGAAGUGAAUGAGUUAUGUACACUCAACCCAGAGCUUUUGGACAUUAUAAAUGAAGUCACAAAUAAAGCUGCUGACCUGCCCCCUCCUGCUCUAGACAAGAAGUAUGAGGGUCGACUGCGCUCAUCCAGAAUUCCCGCCCCUGCCUCCUCCUCUGCUCCAGCAGUCACCAUGGCUGAAGAGUCAGGUCGGCAAGUUGCCACUCGGUCUCAGGUCAGGCAGACUAUGUUCCAGGCCUCGCCCGCAGUUUCAGCACCUGUCCUGAUCUCUGAGUCUUCUCAGGCAAACCCGGAGACAAUCCACCCUAAUCCCCCCUCUUCAGCAGUCCUCACAAACUCUGCAGUUCCUAAUCAGCAGCGUAGAAAGAAUGAGGCCAAACCUGCGCCGGUGCUUGUCCGUGAGGCAAUAAAGGAAAAUGAACCUGAGAGAAUGCCUCCGCCACCUGCACUAAAAGGCAGAAGAAAAUCUGUGGCUCCCCAGGAGCUAAACAAAGGCAACAAAAGGCUGUCUUGUGUUGUAAAGCCUCCCGACAUGCAGACCAAAAGGGGAAAGUUUGGAGAGCCUUCUCGACCAAACCAGAAGUUCUACGAGAUGAUCCAAGACUUCAGAGAGACUUUGGAAGUAACCCCCUUAUCAACUACUGACCAAAUUGAACCUCACAGGAUUUGUGUGUGUGUUCGCAAGCGACCUCUUAACAAGCAAGAAAUUAACAGAAAGGAGAUAGACGUGGUGUCUAUACCUGGAAAAGGGACCCUGUUGGUUCAUGAGCCAAAACAGAAGGUGGAUCUUACCAAGUACUUGGACAACCAAGUCUUCCACUUUGACUACUCCUUUAAUGAGACCGCCACCAACGACCUGAUCUACAAGUUCACAGCCAAACCUUUGGUGCAGUCCAUUUUUGAAGGUGGUAUGGCGACAUGUUUCGCCUACGGCCAGACGGGAAGUGGGAAGACACAUACAAUGGGAGGGGAUUUCACAGGGAGGCAACAGAACAGUGCCAAAGGAAUCUACGCUUUGGCAGCCCAGGAUGUUUUCACCUAUCUCAACCAACGGAGGUAUGGUAACCUGGAUCUCUCUGCCUACGUCAGCUUCUUUGAGAUUUACAAUGGAAAAGUGUAUGACCUGCUGAACAAGAAGGCCAAGCUCCGUGUUCUGGAGGAUGAGCGACAGCAGGUUCAGGUGGUAGGCCUGGAAGAGGUUUACGUGUCCACAGCAGAAGAAGUCAUCAAGAUGAUACAAAUGGGCAGUGCAUGCAGAACAUCAGGCCAGACCUCAGCCAACGCCAACUCAUCCCGCUCUCAUGCCAUCCUCCAGAUUGUCCUACGGCGCAACGACCGAGCCAGCACGCUGCACGGCAAAUUUUCAUUGGUCGAUUUGGCUGGCAAUGAGCGCGGCACAGAUGUCAGCAGCAAUGACCGCAACACUUUGGUCGAAACUGCUGAGAUCAACCGCAGCCUGCUGGCUCUCAAGGAAUGCAUCCGUUCACUGGGAAAGAACAGUGAUCACAUUCCUUUCCGCAUGAGCACCUUGACCAAGGUCCUCAGGGAUUCCUUUAUUGGAGAGAAGUCCAGGACCUGCAUGAUCGCAAUGGUGUCUCCAGGCAUGGCUUCAUGUGAAUAUACAAUGAACACACUACGUUAUGCUGACAGAGUGAAGGAACUGAAUGGCAAUACCACAACCAGUGGAGCAGCUAAGGCAGAGGAGCCUAUAAAUAGCUCCACAGAGGAAACUGUUGUGGAGACCAGUGUGUAUGAUGCCAUAUCCAAAGUGGCAGAGCUGGAGGAGGGCGUUUAUGCAGAGUUCAAGAGGGGAAAUGAAUUCAUCAAGGCAAUGGAGCAAACCUCCUACAACAUUGAGGCAGGACUUCCCGACAUGUUGGAUCAUACCCGGAAGUUAUUAGACAUGUUACUGGCUUUGCAGUCUGCUGUGGACCAAGAGAGAAUGAUGAGGCUGAACCACUGAGACGAACCUUCUGGUUGAACAAAGUUUGUCUGUCUGUUUUGAAGCAGUUCCCUUCUGAUUUUAUUUUUUCAUUGUAUUAGUGACAUAUUAAAUAAAAUGUUUUGACACUAACUCUUUACAAAUAUUAAGUCUUUAAGAAACCUA